UCCCGUUAUCAAAUCCACAAUUUCCAAAGCCAUUGUAAGCCAAAAAAGGGGCCUUUUAGUCAUUUCCAACUUCAUCAACUAACCAAGUUAUCUACCCCAACUGUCUUUUCAGCGGGAAACCCCAUCUCUCUCCCUUCGCUCUUUCUCUCUCUCUCUCUCUUCUCAAUCCAUGGCCGUGGUUAUCGGAAAUCUAGCUCUGUUACUCGACGUGAUUUCGCCUCGUACCGUAAUACUAGACCGUAAGACUCGUCCGGUGUCGCUCGACGUCGUUUUGAAUUUGCCGAAGAGAGACCCUCACCACCACCAAGCUUACAACGCUUCAAUUGCGUCCAAGAGCUUCGAUUCGGACGGCGAAGCUCGGCACCAGCGAGUGGUGGCGCGUGGGAAGUCGAAGUCGAAGGUGAACGGCGUGGACUUCGACGCGAGCUCGAGCGACGAGGAAGGGAAUGGAAACGGGGAGGGAGACGAGGAGAGUUUCGAUUGGGAGAAGGAAAUGCGGAGGAGAGUGAAGGAGAUCGAGGAGAGGAAGGAGUUGGAGAAGAAAGCCGAGGAGUUGCAGAGUCGAAUGGAGGAGGAGGGCGGUGAAGGCGGCGACGAAGGUAAGGAAGAGACCGAGGAAGAGAAGAGAGCGAGAGUGAGAAAAGAGCUCGAAAAGGUGGCUAAGGAGCAGGCAGAGAGGAGAGCAACGGCACAGUUGAUGUUCGAAUUGGGCCAAAAGGCUUAUGGGAAAGGGAUGUACGGACGGGCAAUUGAGUUUCUUGAAGGUGCCCUCACUAUUAUCCCUAGGCCCACACUAUUUGGUGGUGAGAUUCAGAUAUGGCUUGCUAUGGCUUAUGAGGCCAAUAAUCGCCACGCGGAUUGCAUUGCACUUUACAAGCAAUUGGAGAGGCAUCACCCCAGUGUCAGCAUCCGACGCCAAGCUUCGGAACUUCGCUACAUUUUGCAGGCACCAAAGCUUAAGAUAACUCAAGAGGAGAUGGUUACCAUUCCUCUGAUUGGUUCUGCUUAUGACAGCUACGCUGGAACAUGGACUGAUAAAUACAAGGACAAGGAUGAAAGGAGAAUUGGGUCAACAACCAAUCAGCUUCCAUCAUCUAGAGAUUAUCUAGGUGACUUUCUGGUUUGGCGACCUCCUAUUGGAUUGGAGAAAAAUGGAGCUUUCUGGGCAGCUUUGACAUUAUGGUUGGGCUUGGUUGGAGCUAUCAUCUUUCUCCAGAGAUAGAUCAUACUUACAUAUGUCAUUUGUAUUUGUCAAUUCAUCAUAUGUGUCCAAUCAAAAUUAUAGUAGUUGUUCUUAAGUUCUUUGUGUAAUUUUAUGCCCAAGUCUUUGUGAAAAAGUUGUAUGUCUGAAAUAGAAAGAUUGUUUAUAUCUUACCUAUCAAAAAAGAAAGAAAGAUUGUUUAUAUCUUA